AUGGAUCCUAUAUCUCGUGCCGCUACAAUUCAAGCAGCACGUCAGGCGUUUGAGGAAAAAGAAGCAGCCAAAGCACGCAAGCUUGAAGAACAGCAACUGAGGGCUGAAGAGAAACAAAUGAAACGCAAGGGAAAACAACCCUGGCACACAUCACUUACAGUUGCGGACAAGCAGGAACCAUUCCCCGAGAAUGGGCUAUCUGAGAAGUCGAGUGCCGCUGAAGAAUUAGAUUCUCCCCAGGAUCGGCCUCUACGCAGCCAGACUUUGGAUUAUUCUACGGCGUGCCAAAUAGCUCAACAUACUACAGCGGCAGCGUUCGACUACGGUCCGCAGGAGCGACAACAGGCGCCUUUCUCGUCCCAUUGUCCUAUCGGCUCCCAUUAUCACUCUUACUGGUAUCAGAUCCGUUUCCUGAGGCGCACCUCCACUGUGGGGGGAGCGUCUCACCAAAACUCUCUCGUCAUGGUGUACGAUUGGGAGGGCAAGCGAGAAAUAUGCUAUCAGAUGUACAUCAAAGAUAAGAAAGCGCUGGAGGAAAUUAUGGAAUACAUGCGAAAUGUAUAUCAAUUCUCACCCAGUAAGCGCGCCUUCCAAACACAGUUUAAGCGAUGGGGCUUUCCUUCCAAACAGAAUCCGGCCCACAAAAAUGCAGAGCUUGUCGCUCGCGUCAAACAACUUUGGGAGCGAAAUACAAGCCAACGGGACAUGCUGCGUGUCUUGAAUGAAGAAGGCUUCGAGAUUAAAGAAAGAGAAUUGAUGCGGGUGCGCGCGAAGAAUCGCUGGCUACUCCGUGUUCCCAAUGGAAUGAAGUCGCAAGCGACUGUCCGACCAUCUGUGCAGCUACCGGAAGACGAGGGACUACUAGCACUCCAACAGGAAGUAUACAAGACCGCAGAACCCUUCUACGACGCUCAGAAUCUCCCUGCCGAUUCACCAGUCAUGCGGCCUCCAUCGCCUAGCUUAUCAGCUGAUGUACUCGCGAAGCGCCAAGAGAGACUUGAACGCUUGAAAGCAGAGAGUGCUGAACGCUGGGCUUCCAGGAAACGGCGUCGGCGCACCCGGGAAUGGGCUGGACUACCGGCCGACCCGCCUGGGCCGCCGCGCUUUCCUUCCGAGACCACAAUCGAUGAGAAUCAGUUUCAAAAGAUAUGCGAAGAGGCAGGGUUCAUCAAGAAAACUGCUGCUGGUCCUGAAAGAUGGCAGGAAGCGAAAAACAGACUAAUACAAGAGUCAGAACAUCUUCAGCGGGUAUUCUGGGAAGAUCCCAAUCAGCUUGAUGCCAAAGCCCUCGCUCUCGAUGUUGUUUGUACAGAUGUCACUAAACGGAUGAGGACAUUAGAAAGGCGAAUGACAAUCGCGGAAGCUAAAAACGCCCUUGGGAUCAAUCCCGAAGAAAGCCGCCAGAUUCGAAACGCAUUUUACAACACAUUAAAAGCGGAUCAUUUUACUAGCAAGUUGGAGGCUGGCGACGAACAUUGGAAGCGACUGAAGGAGCGUUGGAUUCAAGAGACCGAGUUGCUGCAACGUAUCCUUGCCCCUGGCUCGGCAGAUCCGCAGCAUGCUACGAAAUUGAAAGCUCUCGAGGUCCUCUGUCGCGAUGUUAUGAAGCGACUUCGUGAUGACCAAACCAAACGAGAUCCCUCUCGGAAGAAGUCUAUUACUCGCACCAAUAUUCCCAGUCCAGGCGCUGCCGGCACCCAUGACAAUAGUGCAUUCAGCAGUAGCAUUACUAAUGGUAUCAGCACGCUUGCAUCGCAAGCUCUCGCCAGCGCCCCGAUGACGUCGGGCGACUUAAAUGAUAUGCAAAUAGAUCCCUCGCUUCUGCAAGCGGCAAAUGAUAACUCCUUUACCUCGACAUCUCAUGAAAACGGGAAUCCUUUUGGAUACGUGGACCCUAUUCAAGAGUCAACUACGCUGCAAGUGCCGAUCUAUGUGCGAAUUAAUCCUCCAGACCAGGUUCACGGGGAGUCUAAAACCUGCGUCGAGAAAUUAUCAGCCAAAUCCGUCGCUGAGUUACGCCAGCUCGUUGCUUCUAGGUAUCCCGGUUCCAUCGUUACGAAAAUUCAGGGACUCGAUCAGGAUGAGCAUGAAAAUGAAGUUACCUUCAACAUCCAUGAUGACAAUGAACUCGACGCUUAUUUGACGCAUGUACAUGGGCGGAGAGCAUACUUUGUCUGUCGCUUAGCUUAG